AUGUUCCCAAAAACUGCUCUUCUCGCUCUUACUUUUGGUUCUGUUGCCUUGGGUCAACUCGUCGGCACGUACCAGGCUGAAAAUCAUCCAGCGCUUCCCUUUCAACGUUGCACCAGGUCGGGAUGCACUACUGUUUCAUCUGGUCAGGUUGUUUUGGAUUCCAACUGGCGAUGGACGCAUAACAAGGACGGCUACACUAACUGCUACACCGGUAACACUUGGAACACCACCAUCUGUCCCGACAACAAGAGUUGUGCGGCCAACUGCGCCAUAGACGGUGCCGACUACUCUGAAACGUACGGUAUCACCGUCUCCGGAAACGCUCUUACCCUAAAAUUCGUCACCACUAACGCCAAUGGAAAGAAUAUUGGAUCUCGUGUCUAUCUCAUGAACAGCGAUUCCAAGUACGAGCUUUUCAAGGUUCUUAAUCAGGAGUUUACGUUCGACGUUGAUGUCUCCAACCUUCCCUGUGGUCUCAAUGGCGCGCUUUACUUCUCCGAGAUGGACGCCGAUGGAGGUUUAUCUAAGCACCCAACCAACAAAGCUGGUGCAAAGUAUGGAACGGGUUACUGCGAUUCCCAAUGCCCUAAGGACAUUAAAUGGAUCUCAGGAGAGGCCAAUGCUGAGGGUUGGACCCCUUCAGACAGCGACGCCAACGCCGGCAACGGUAAAUACGGCACAUGCUGCAACGAAAUGGAUAUUUGGGAGGCUAACUCUAUCUCCGCCGCCUACACCCCUCAUCCUUGCACCAAGACCGGCCCCUACCGCUGCUCCGGCACGGAGUGCAACACUCCCACGGAUCGUUAUGGCGGUAUCUGUGACCCUGAUGGUUGUGACUUCAACUCUUACCGCCAGGGAGACAGAACGUUCUACGGUCCUGGACUCACCGUUGACACCAAGAAGAAGUUUACCGUCGUUACUCAAUUCAUCACCAGCGAUGGCACUUCGUCUGGAUCACUCAAAGAGAUCCGCAGAAUUUAUGUCCAAGACGGUAAAGUCAUCCAGAAUUCCAAGAGUACCAUCGCCGGAGUUUCUGGCUACGACUCGAUCACCGAGCAAUUUUGCACUGACCAGAAGGUUGCUUUUGGCGAUACCGACAGCUUCAAGGCCAAGGGAGGAAUGGCCGGCAUGGAAGCAGGCCUCAGGAAUGGAAUGGUUCUCGCUUUGAGUAUCUGGGACGAUCACCACGCCAAUAUGCUCUGGCUCGAUUCAACUUACCCCGUCGACUCUACCAGCCCUGGAGCGCAGCGCGGAUCAUGUCCCACUACCUCUGGUGACCCCAAAGACGUCGAAGCCAACAGUCCAAAUGCUUCAGUCACAUACUCCAACAUUAAGAUCGGAGAUAUUGGAACCACCUAUACUGGGGGAUCUUCCGGUACGACCAUUGGCGGAGGAACUACCACUACCACCUCGACUGCUCCCGGACCUACCCAGACUAAAUACGGCCAAUGUGGUGGAAUUGGGUGGUCCGGACCAACUGUUUGCGCUCCUGGAUCCACUUGCCAAAGCAGUAACCCGUUCUACAGCCAAUGCCUGUAA